AUGCGCGAACGACAGGAUGCGUCUGAUCGCCGUAGGGAGAUCUUGGAUGCUUUCACUCGCCGCUUAUCAGAACAGGAGUCUGCUCAGUACCGUGCUCGCAAUGCUGCCUCUCAUCGUGAUCGACGGGCUGCUGAUGCCGGUGCAGGCGACGACUUUUCGUUUCCUUACUUGUAUGAUGACGCGUUGAAGGAAAGUAUCAUACGAGAAUGGCAGUUAUCGUUUGACGAGACCGCCAUGGCCAUGGCUGCAUGUGCCGUCUGCGCUUAUUCUAUCCCAGAGGUGGACUUGAUGACCAUCCCCACUGCACGCGUUCCCCUUCAACUGCUGGGGAACGAGUUUAUCCCUGAUGAACUCCUUCCGAUUGCGUACGACAUCGGGGCUUAUCAACGCGCCAUACUUGAACCUUCAGGCAUCACGCCCGACGGCUUGCGUCUCUGUCACUCAUGUUCUCGCAGCUUGUUAUCUCACCCGCCACAUCAGCCUAAGAAUGCAUUGGCUAAUUUUCAGUACUAUGCUCGUGAUCGUCUGCCUGACGAUGUGCGUUCAUCUCUGAGUGCCGCGUCACCCGUCGAUCGUAUCUUGAUCGCUCGUGCUCAGGCAAGCAAGAUAGUUCAUGUUUACUCGCACAAGCAGGGCUCGAAUUCAUCACGUUUCCCUGAGGAGGCGUCUCAACGCUAUGUCAAAGGAAACGUUGCCAUUCUUCCACAGGACAGCGUUGCAUUACGGCGAUUGUUACCUCUGGGGCCCGACGACAUCGAGCAGUCCAUAUGUGUUCUCUUCUCCGGCUCUACGGCACCCGUCACCAGAGAGACGUUGCUCCGCAUUCGACCAUUACUUGCCUCAAAAUCUAUUGUGCGGACUCUGCUGAAUUUUCUCAUACAGAAUAAUCAGUUCUAUCGCGAAUCUGAUAUUCAGUACUGUGAAGAAAAUGUCAGCAACCUUUUUUAUCCUGAACAUGAUCAUCUAAACUGUGCCCCAUUACAAUCUAUGGAUGUUUGUGCUAUUGCUGGCGAGGAUGAUGUUGUGUCUGAUGACACAUUCACUGUUUCACACUCGUCGGGUAGGGAAGCCUCAACGGAUGACUCUGUAUCCUCAUAUUAUCGAAAUGGCGACUUUGUCUUGCCGAGUGUAGGUUACACAAUCGGCGAUCAUUCUGUAGGUUCUCGAGAUAAAAUGAAACAUCUCGCUUUGGGACAUAUCUUGGGUGGAAGGGUGUUCUUACGGUCUCGAGUGGGCACGUCCUUUAUUUCUGAAGACGAACCCUCUUUUUUAUCGCUUGUAUUUCCUCAUUUAGAUCCAUGGGGUAUAGGAGGAUUCAACCAUCCUGCCCGCUCCGUAUCACAGCGAAUUUCGUUCAAGCAGCAAGUCAUUAAUUUACUAAGGCAACAUAACUCCCAUUUUGUGAAGGACCCUCUGUUCCCCUUCAUAUGUUGGAACGUCGUCCAGAAACGCGCUGUCCGCCAGAAUACCAAGUUUUCUGUGUCUGGCACUUCACAGUUAUCCCUUCAACGGGAUUUAUUAGACGUUGCACCAUCACUUACGGAUCUCGCCAUUAAGUGGGAAAAGGAUCCUCGUGCAAAACCAUCCACACCUUUAGAGCGUAAAGCUGCCAGCCUGCUACGACGAAUACAGUUUGUCUCUACUAAUAUUCCGGGAAGUAGCGGCUACAAAUUAGCACGUCGCAAUGAGAUACGCGGGCUCUCGAGAACGUUUGGUAGUCCCGCAUUAUUUGUCACUAUUAACCCUUACGAUCUUGGCAGCAGUGUGCUGGCGACUGUAUCCGGUAUACCUCGUCCGCUGUGGCGCGUGAUGGACUCAUUUGAACAGGCAAAACAUGUGGCCGACCAUCCUUUCCAUGCUGCACUUGCUUUUGACAUGCAAAUUUUAUCGUUCAUAAACACAGUCCUCCGGUAUCGUCAAAAAGGUCCAGGAUUGUUUGGGCGGUGUAUUGCUUUCUAUGGAAUGGUUGAGGCACAAGGGAGGGGUACAUUGCAUUGUCAUAUGUUGAUUUGGUUACAGGGCUGUCCAAACCCGCAAGCGCUGCGUGAUCGAAUGUCGUCUGACCCAGGCUUUCAGUUAUCCGUUUUUCGGUGGAUUGAGCAUAACAUUAAAUAUGAAUUGCCUGAUCAGACGUCCGCUGCUGACAUUAUUGUGUCAAAUAACGUCCAACCACCUGCUCGUGAACGUGCUGAGCCUGAUCCUCGUAUGCAUGCAGCUCCCGAUCGUCGCACACUGGAUAACAACUCAUUCGCUAUUGAUUUUAUUUGGUUUGUCACAUUAUUAGUCAUUUUCUGCAACUGGCAUGAUCACACCGACACAUGUUAUAAGUACUUGAAACCUGGACAACGGCGUGAUAACUCUACAUGCCGCAUGCGCAUAGAUGGGUCAACACGUCCUACGACUGAAAUUGAUCCUGAGACAGGAUCCAUCUUGUUAAGGCGCCUCCAUCCGUGGAUUAAUAACUAUCACCCCGUUGUGAUCUUUUUGUUGCAAUGCAAUAUGGAUAUCAAGUUUGUUGGAUCAGGUGAAGCUGCAAAAGCCCUCGUAUUUUAUAUUACAGAAUACGUGACAAAGCUAGACCUUCAAAUGCACGUGGGUAUAACAGCCCUUGAUUAUGCUGUUAAGAAAUACGAGGCCAAGUACCUGCACGAUGUUGUCACCCCGAACCCUACACGAGCCUGUAACUUAAUGACUAAAUGUGUGAACUCAAUGAUGGCCCGUCAGGAGAUGUCUCAGCAACAGGUAAUGAGGUAUCUAUGUGGCAGUGGAGAUCAUUAUGCAAGUCAUUUCUUUGAGACAGUGCAGCUGUAUGAAUUUGACUCAGCGUUGAAGAGAUGGGAAGCCACAAACGGCAUUGUUACUGAUGAGAACAAUGUACUCGACGAUCAGAGAGCAACUGAAGAUGGCGAUGAUGUUAUGCAUUUUUCCAUUUCACAGCAUGAAGGUGUUGUCGUGAGUAAUCACGUUCAGGAUUAUCAAUUCAGGUCCCAGUCGUCUGAUUAUGAGUCACUAUCCUUAUACCGAUUUGCAUCCCUUCCUGCUGUAGAAGACAUUAUUAGUGAGAAUAAUCAUGAAGAUCUGCUCAAUGAACCUAAAUGUGUUCGUUUCUCAGAUGCCGAACAUCCGCAAUUUCUCACCCAUGUUAUGGUUAAACGCCAGACAGCAAGUGUUCCUGUAUUACUCUCCCGAGACAUUCCUCGACGACAGGGUCCUGUUGCAGAUGAGGAGCGGUGCUGUCGGCUUGUAUUACUGUUAUUCAAGCCAUGGCGUCAAUUCUCUGACCUCAGAGGGAAUUAUGAAAGCUGGGUUGAUGCUUAC